UGCAAACGCAGAGAUCGGCAGCAUCAACCUCCAUAUAGAAGAUGCAAUCUUUGGCAUGGUGUCUAGUAUUGGCGGGAUGCCUCGCUUUUGCUCAGGCUCAUACGUAUCAUAUGGGUGCUUGUCCUAUUGUGGAACCCAUGCAGGGUUUUCAGAUUGGUAGAUUUUUAGGUCUGUGGUAUGUUAUCCAGAAAACAUCAACAGGUAGCAAGUGCAUUACUUACAAUUACACACGAGGAGAGGAACCAGGCGAGUACGUUAUAACACAGGACUCGGAUCAUCUAAUCUUAGGUCUUACGCCAUUGAAGCACGAGUAUCAUUAUACUGGCCAAUUGACUGUACCCGAACCAAGUACUCCGGGACGUAUGGAAGUCCGUUUUCCACUUAGUGUGGCUGGAAGUGCAUCCCAUGUGGUAUUUAUGACGGAUUACGAUACUUACGCCGGCAUAUUUACGUGCCAGAAAUUGGCGUUCGCUCAUCGACAGAGCGCGACGAUCCUCUCGAGGACCAGGAUGUUGGAUCAGAUACAGAUUGACAAGAUACGUCAGCGAUUGGGCCAAUACGGUGUUGAUCCGUUCGAUUUGAGCAUCAUUUCACAGUCUGGCUGUCCACAAGGCAACAAUACUCUGGACAUCAACGUUGACCCUAACACUUUCACUUCUGAGAAUUUUGGUAAUGUGGUGCGCAAAGCGGGCGAGAAGAUCGGCGAUGGCGUCCAGUGGAUCGCUGAGACCGGAAGCAAAGUAUAUCACAAGAUAGCCGGUUCAGAAGAUACUCAAACAGGGUCAACGACGGAGCAGAACGGUCGCGUCACAUCAAGGAACAGCGGCGAAAGAUUGGAGACCAACGAAGUGGAGUGGAUUCCCUAAAAAUCUAA